AUGAAGACCUCUUUGGCCACUGCAUUUAUUCUCUUUACUUCGGUGCUGGCAGCGCCUGUCCCCAAGGGUAACGCCAACAAUGAAAAUGCCAAUGCGAAGGUCGACAUCCCCACUGGUCCCGGCCCCGUGUGCACCGAUACCGAGAUAUGUCCGUAUGAGGUCAGUGACAGUCAGUAUGCACGCCGCCAGGAGCCUAUCCCCGCCCAUGCCCAGGGAUCUCUGAUCGGAGGUGGACUUGGACGGCGUCAGGAGCCUAUCCCUGCCCAUGCCCAGGGAUCUCUGCUUGGAGGUGGACUUGGACGGCGUCAGGAGCCUAUCCCUGCCCAUGCCCAGGGAUCUCUGCUUGGAGGUGGACUUGGACGGCGUCAGGAGCCUAUCCCUGCCCAUGCCCAGGGAUCUCUGCUUGGAGGUGGACUUGGACGGCGUCAGGAGCCUAUUCCCACUGACGCCAUCAUUUCGCUGACUGGCGGUGGCCUCAAGCGGCGUGGCGAUGAGGAUGUCCCGGCUGAAGUCCUGGCCUCCCUGCUUGGGCGCCGUCAGGAGCCUAUCCCCACUGAUGCCAUCAUUUCGCUGACUGGCGGUGGUCUGAAGAGAAGUGAGGAGGAUGUUAUGGACUCGUACUAAAUAUGCCAUAUGGUAUUCAGGAUGUCGUUGUGCUCCCCAAAACAUGCCCCUAGGUUUGGAAUCUCUUGCUUUUAUUCCCUUUUCCGAAGCAUUCAACAUGUGGAAAAGUG